AUGGAUAACGCUACCGCCGCUCACAACGUUUCGGCCUUGAUCGCAGUAUGGCAGACCAAAGCCAUCGUAUCACUCAUCCUCUGCAUCACCGGUCUGGGUUUCAACGGAAUACUGGUGUUGACAUUUCUCGUUAAUCGCCACCUCUGGAGCCCGUUCAACAUCUACCUUUUCAAUCUGCUCUUCGCCAACCUGCUUUACUUCAUCACGGAAUCAGGUUUCAACAUUGUGGACAAUCUAUACGGCAACGUGUGGUGGCUAGAUUCCGCCUGCUGUACCGUGUAUAUGUACGGCUGGUGGGUAGUGUCACUAGUGCAGCUGACCACGCAUCCGCUAAUCGCCACCAACCGCAUCUGGGCACUGUGGGCGCCAAUUAAUUACCGGCAUUAUCACGGCUACCAAGCGGCCAUUGGCCAGUGUGUGGUGACGUGGAUGUGUGCGCAUGCCAUCGGGUUGUGGGGAUUAUUGGCCGACCAUCUUUAUUACCGGAAUCUGGAAAACACCCAUAAGUGCGAGAUUAAAACGGAGGGAAGCCAAAAGGACUGGAUGCUGAUUGUGCAGUUUAUCAGUAUUGCGGCGGUGGUGACAAUUGUGGUAGCUUUUCCUUUGAUUGUCUACAAGGAGCGACAGCGGAAGAGAAUUCGUGGAGGCAUUACCGCGGUGGUGGUGCUAAAUGGGACGGGAAACGGAAAGGCUAAUGAAACUGGAGCAAUGGGUCAGAAGCAGCAAGGAGAUACCGGGCAAACAGACAGUAGUAUGUUUAUUUAA